GUCUUCUUUUUCACAGAACAUCACGAUCUCCGAAAGAUGGCACCCGGCACGCACCAAGAGUGCGCUGAUGUGCUGUUCUUGCGGUUGUUGAGGUCUCGUUCCUCAGAUAUCUCAACGGGCCCUGCUCGUAUUCGCUUAACAGGGGUGGUGUCCAGAGCUGAAUAUUGUCCAGCCUCACGCCUCAAAAGGUAUACGACUUCAAAUAUUCAGGGUUACUGACAAUCGACCCAUUGAUUUCCUCACGCAGUAACAUUUGCUGCUACAUUCUCCAAACUCUAGUUGCUCCUGUUCACUACGUUCCCAUCAUGUCGGACUCUGUUGCGGCAAUAGCUCUUGUGAUAUCGUUGGUGGCUCUGAUUGUGGCUCUACUACAAGUUAUACAGCAGUACACAGCCACCGCAGACGGCUUCCGACGAUGUCAAGCCUCGGUCGUGGGUGACUGGGCUGCUUUAACGAAGCGGCGAUUCCGAAUGAGUGAGUUGCGCUUUGAGACAGUCUUUGCCGUUCCCGUUAUAUUCCUCAAGAACUCGACUAGGGAGACUGCACCUUUCCACGGACGUGCGAUUAUAACCAUCGACGGGACGGCAGAGUCAAUCCGGGGAACUCUGAUGAGCCAUGCAGUCGACGCAAGUCCUCCAUCUUCUGAACCAGCGCCAGGAGAGACGACGGCAAUCGAGACUGCUGCGCCUAACUUUGUGCGGAGGCCACUACCAAGCCUUUGGAAGAUGAAUAAUCGGAUCAAACCGUCUUCGAAAAGGCAAUCUGAGUUCGGCGCCAUGUCUACCGACAAUGAUUUGGUGUCGUGGAACCAUCUCCUGGCGACACUGCAGUUGAGUGAGCGCACAUUCGCGAACCACAUCAAUUCCGGGUUCAAACCGGACCUGGAGCCAGCUAUACAAAUCAGCAACAGGUCGUGGGACUUUGUGCCACCUGAGGUCGUCAGACCAUAUGCAGUUACAACGGCAGGCGACAUCGCGAUUAUCGUCCAGCGCCUAGGAAUGUCAUGGAAGAAGUUCAACCCUGGUGAAGGUUUGCUCAGAGCUGAAGGCAAUAAUUGUCUUAUCACGUCUACAGUUGUUCGGUCUCUUGGAAUACUCAUCUCCUUCUCCUCUGACAGCCAUCUCAUCAAAGAUUAUGAAGUCCACAAAAAUUAUUACGUGCCAAGCUGGCAUGCUUCCAUGCUCGGCUUCGGUCUCGUUCCCCGGGGUGAUAUUUCCCCAAGGUUAUACAAUGGCCCUCAUCCGCACGAUGCUUUUCCAGUUGGAGACAGUGCUCUCUUUGAUUACUAUCUAAAGUCAUAUUGCCGCCUUUCGACCUCGGAGAACACCAAGCCAGAACACCUAAGGCCGCAAGCACUUUCAGUGGCGUCCGAGUUCGUUGCAUUGGUCGCACCAGUUCUGAGAAUGAGAAAUAGCCAAAUAACGCGUAUACUCAGGCCAGCACCGAAUAUUGGGAAUGAAGUCUUCUCGAGUCAGUCCUGCUUAGAAGCAUUCCGAAAAAACUUGGUGCUCUUGCAAACUCGGCUGAGUCCGACUCGAGAUAUCUGCACCGCCGUCCUCGGAGAUGUCCUCAAGAAGUGUGACGAGAUCUUGCUUCAUUCCGACUGGGAUGAAGUCUGGAAGGCGCCACAACGUAUCGACUUCAAUGGAGCCAGUCAAAGCCUUCUUGACAUCAUACACGACGCCUGUGACUGGGGUACUAAGACCCUCAUCACCUGUCUUCAUUUCAAUGAGCUGUUACGGUUACACCUAGCCGAGCUUUUCGCUCUGCGGGACGAGAGUCCGGCUAUUUUGUCAACCUCAGAUCAAGAUGAUGUACUCAUGGACCUCUAUUUCGACAGAGUUUUGCCAACAAUACUGAAAACAAGCCUUGUCAAGCGGUCAAUCACCAUUGACUGGGUUCUAAUGGUCUUCCGAGGUCUGUGCUGGUAUAGUCUGCACCGGUUCAAGCACAAGUUCGCGCCGGUCGACGAACAAUACUUCGAGAGCAAGCAGCCCAUAUACAUUGGCUGAAGCGUUAUUACAUCCUACACCGACGAGCACAGCAGCACAGUGCAUUUACUGAUUCGUCCCCAUUGGCAACACCGGGCCUCUGCUCCCGGCAAGGUGGAGACCACAGAAAGAACAUCGACUUCACUUCGUUCCGGGCGUCAACUACGACUGGCAGCAUCAGCCAUUGGACGUCACAGUCAGGAGUUGUGAGACACUAAAUGGCCACACCACAUCCAGGGUCAAGAGGAAGUCCCAUCAGUGAAUUAAGCUGACACGACAGAUGUACGACUCGUGCAAGUCCGCUUUAUCUCGGGUCACAGGAGCAAUAUCCACCGGCUGAAUAUCGAGCUAGGGAUCACUUUCGUUUGAGGCGUGUUCUAAAAAUACAAAAUGGUUCUCAGAGGGUUUGACGAGCAAUUUCGCUUGAAUGGCGUUCUUCCUAAUUUUGGUUCAAUGUCACGCGAUGUUCAUCCGGCUGAAGUUAUCAUAGUACGAGUAUUACUCCGCGUGGCGAGCAGAAGACCAUCAUCUCGUCCAAAGCACCCGGAAUUGUCUGACUUCGACCGGAAAAUUAAAAAGGUGGAUGCGAAUGCUACUUGUACGAGGACCUCGCUGCCGCCCAAUCUGACUCGCCAAGUGUCGCCAUUCACCUACACAGUACAAACAUUCACCACCUAAGCCAAUCAGAAAUCCAGCAUCAUCCCAACUCAGAAAUUCACAGGUUAUAUAUUUGAAAAGCGCAAUUUUCUUCAACAAUCUCAUAUCUAUCCCGUGUCAGCUGAUCCUCCCCAACUGGGUCAGUUUGGCGUAAGGGUGUGCGCACCAGAUAUGAGACAGUUCAACCUACGGGGCUAGCCCCCUGACAAUCACAGGAUGGAAUAUCUUCCCAGUGUCAACACCUCAGGGUGUUGGUACUGAGAAGGUCCAGAUGGUUGUUCCUUAGCUAAUAUGGCCUCGACCUGCGAGUGCCCUAUGCGGGAGGAUGACCUGACGAGAUCUUCGGAACGAAAAAAAUCCCUUCUACAACUGGGGAUUUUCCCUCGGCCUGGCCGUCAACUACCAAGCGUGUAGUUGGCCCGCCAGGUUAGAGUUUUUGUUCUUUUUGAAAAAUAUGAACAAAAAGAAUUAUCUUCUGGGGGUGAGUGACGGUAAUGCGGCUCGAACACUUGAAUUGUGGGUGGCCUGGCAUUAGAUUCGUGCUCUGGCUUGGCUAGGCGACGGUGAGGGUGAAUGUAGCAGAAGAUGUUCGUGGCGGACUGUUCGCAAUGGCUCGGCUGCCAGCGGGUGAGCAGUGGAAGAAUUGAACCAUCACUUCUUCAAGAUUGUUCUUUUUAAUUACAAAUUUUCGUUGCUAAAAUAAGGGCAAAUUACAC